GGAGGAUUUGUUAAGAUAAUUCGCUUAGAAGCAUAAUAUUGAUCGGACCGAAACAUUCUCCGUGACUCAGUUUCAGCUCAAGACUCUUCUGACCGGGCAAAAAGUCUCCAGGAGAGAGAUCUCCAGGAUCGUUACGCACAACUUUUACGCACAAACGGAAACCUGCCGAUGAACAGAUCUUCAUGUCACCUUCAGCCCGGACUAUACUACAAUUUAUACUCACACAGGUGUGAUAAUGUUCAGUGUGCAAACUGCAGGAAUGGAUGAAACGAUCCGCUACAUGCUCUGCUAAAACAACACCAAACUACGGACACUGGGAACUUGCCUGUAACAGCGAGCAGCGCCGGGUGCCAAAAUGAGCUUUUACCACCAGAGCGGGAGGAUCUUACAUAUUGUCGUUGCAACAAUUACAGCUGUUCUCACACAAGAGCGACAGUAAAGAAAGGUGUGACCUUUCGAACAGCGACACCUAGUAACUCUUUACUGUGGGACAUCACUCUGGAUAUGGGCGCAGAUGGAGACAUCGCUGUUAUUUGUCAGAGGAAGGCUCCCAUACCUGGGAAAAGGCUGGAGAGCAGUCUGCUGGAGGUGCUUCAGAUGGAUUUCGAGGUGGAGGAGCUGAGCAGUCCUCUUGAAAGUCAGGUGAUCAUCUGGAGGCUGGAACUAACAUCCGCGUCCAAAAACGUAGCCAAGACUGAAGGAGCCAUGAGGAUCUAUACAACUCAAAGAGACUUUGUUGGCCUGGCCCCUCUUGUAAUGGACACAGAGAUCCUGAACACAGCUGUUCUGACUGGAAAGAAGGUGGUGAUGCCUGUGAGGACGGUGGCAGUGGAAGAAGACGGAGUGAUAACUGACGUGUCCGACUACACAGACUGUAGCUCCACUGAUGAAGAUGUUCUGAAGGUGUCGGACAGGUGCGACUAUGUUUUCAUGAAUGGCAAAGAGAUAAAGGGCAAGGUGAAGUUGGUGGUGAACUUUACUUACAGCUACCUGAGUGCUCAACUUGAACUGAAUGUGUGGAUGCCUCGACUCCCCCUCCAGAUCGAGGUGUCAGACGAAGAACUGAGCCAGAUCAAAAGCUGGAGGGUGCCGAUACUUACUUCAAAAAGAAAUGGUUGGAACAGUGAAGAAGACGACAGGAAAGGGAAGGGCUGCAUGCUUCAGUACCAGCAUGCCCUGGUGCGGGUGCUAACUCACUUCGUGGCAGAGCAGGCAGAAACUCGGGAUCCUAAGGCCUAUUUCCUAGGCUCGGAUUGGCAGGUGGAUGUCACAAGGAUGGUUCGAUACUUCAUGAAGGUGGAGGACCCUCGAGUGGCAAGGUUGCAGUCUGGAAGGGUGCUGUCAGGACGAGACCUCGGGACAACCACCAUCCAGGUGUUUUCUCCACUAUCUGAUGCAAUCCUGGCUAAGAAAACGAUCAAAGUCGUGGAUGACAAAGUGACCAUUACAGAGUUGGGCGUCCAGCUGGUUUCAGGCCUCUCCAUGACCUUGCAGCUCAGUACUGGAAGCAAUAGGGCCAUCCUGGCAACCACAACCACACAGGAGGUCCUACAGAGCCCCAAACAGGAAGCUUUGGUCAGUGUCUGGCUGCAGUUCAGUGAUGGCAACCAGACCCCUCUUGACAUUUAUGAUCCUGCUUACUACAGAGUCAUGGUGGCGUCUCUAGAUCAGGGGGUGGUGUCAGUGCAGGGUACGCCUCCGACUGUGGUGGCCGAGGGUGAGGGCGAGGGAGUCCUGGUUAGAGUAGAGAUGUCCAUCUGUGAGUCCUGCCAGAAGUCCAAACGCAAAAGCACUGUGGCCGUGGGCAACGGCAGCCUCAAGGUCAAGUUUCGAUUGAACAGUCGGCGGAUAGACAGCAAUACUGGUAGCACGGACAGCAGCACGAUAAGCAACAAGGACAAUGACUAUGGGAAUGAUGGAGAAGAGGUGGGAAGCGUGAGGAAGCAAAGGAAACCAUUCCAAAACCCUCCACGGCGCAGUCCCACCUCAGAUAGAGAGGAAAGUGUCAUGCAGAAAAUUACAACCACCAUCAAAACUACAGAACGAACUUUCAUCACCAGUGGGAGCCUCGGAGGAGUGGGAAAGACAACUAAUUCAAGAAGCGCCGACAUUCCUACCAGCAUCGUGAGCAGCCCGGCAGAUGGCAGCAAGGUGUAUGGGUCAGACAAUAUGAUAGCGGAGGAUAUGACCAGCUUUGCUAGCACUGUGAAGGCGCCUGGGAACCUGGUGAACUAUAACUUUCCCACCAAGGUGGAGGUACCUGGUCAGGAGACAUCAGAGGUAGAAAUAGGUGGAGAAGAAAUGUUGGCCAGUAGGCCGCUCACAGACUUGGAGAUUGGCAUGUACGCUCUGUUGGGCGUCUUUUGCCUGGCCAUCUUGGUCUUUCUGGUUAAUUGUGUCACCUAUGUUGUUAAGUUCAGGCACAAGCAGCCUCCCUCGCACGGCCAGGAACCCACAGGGCACAGGCAUGACUGGGUAUGGCUCGGCACAGACGCUGAGCUGGUGAUGAGCAUGCCAGGCAGUCCAGUCCAGCAAGAAACCCAGACUACAACCACCGUUAUAGACAUCGGGCCUGAUAAGACUGCCUCUAUGUCCAGAAGGCCCAGUUGCCUAGCCUCUGUUACGGACUCGCCCAUCAGCUGUGGGGGCUCCCUCAGGAGCAAACCUAUGCACAGCGAGUCCAUCCACUCGCCCACCAGCAAGCGAAAGAGAGUCCAGUUCACCACCUUCUCCACUUUAGAGCGCCAGCAUUCGCCACGCCUCCCGCCCAAGGAGAAUGGCUAUGGCAUCCACUGGGUUGGGAAGCAGGACAGUUAUGAGGAGCAACCUCAAAUGACCAUUUCAAAGCCUGGAGACGAUUUGUAAUACAGAACCUGAUCAGACCUCACAUGAACAGAAGAUGUGGCUUUGAUCACCUCUAUGCCUUUCUUAACUGUCUAGAAUAUGUGAUUUUGGAAUUGCCCUCCUCUACAUUUCAUUACCUAUCAAGGCCUUUUACAUGAACUGUAUAUUAUUUUACAUUUUGGAGUGUGGAUAUGUGUUAAAUGGUUAACCAGAUGGACUUUUAAUACACAGCAUUUAAAGCCACCAAAUGCUUAUACUGCAUGUGGAUUUCUUUUUCAAUUGUUGCACUCACAUGCUGGUAUAGAAAGUACAAAUAAUGACUGAAUAAGUAUUCCGAAUAACAAAUGCCAACUAUUGAUUUCCAGUUAUAAUACUAAACUCAACUAAUUGUUUUCAUAUGUAAUAU